AUGACUGAUCUUAAUGAAAAAAUGAAUAACCUUUCAGUUCAAGAGAACACUUCAGGUCAAAAGCAAGGAGGAUACGUACCACCUCACAUGAGAAAUAGACCUCAAGGAUCUCAAAACUUCGAUAACCAAAGAUUUAAUUCAUUUGGUGGUAGUGGUAAUUAUAACAACGGAGGUUAUAAUAAAGGUGGUUACCGUAAUAAUAAUUAUGGUGGCGGAUACAAUAAUGGUGGUUAUAACAACGGUGGUUUUAACAACCGUCGUGGUGGAGGUUUCGGAGGUAACCGUGGAGGUUCAAGAUAUAAUAAACCAGGUGUUGGUAAAUGGGUUGAUGGUAAACAUGAACCAGCAGCCAAAGAUUCAGCUUUAGAAAUUGAAUUAUUUGGUAUUGCUGAUGAUCCAAAAUUCCAAUCUUCAGGUAUUAAUUUCGAUAAUUAUGAUGAAAUUCCAGUUGAUGCUUCAGGUGAUGAUGUUCCUGAACCAAUUACUUCAUUUACUGCUCCUCCAUUGGAUGCUUUAUUGGUUGAAAAUAUUACUUUAUCAAGGUUUACCAGACCAACUCCAGUUCAAAAAUAUUCUGUUCCAAUUGUUGCUGCUGGUAGAGAUUUAAUGGCUUGUGCUCAAACAGGUUCUGGUAAAACUGGUGGUUUCUUAUUCCCAGUUUUAUCUGAAUCUUAUAUGAAUGGACCAGCUCCAACUCCUGAACAAACUGGUGCUUUCUCUUCUAAUAAAGUUUAUCCAACUGCUUUAGUCAUGGCUCCAACUAGAGAAUUAGUUUCACAAAUUUAUGAUGAAGCUAAAAAAUUUAGUUACAGAUCAUGGGUUAAACCAGUUGUAGUUUAUGGAGGUGCUGAUAUUGGUACUCAAAUCAGAAGUUUAGAAAGAGGUUGUGAUUUAUUAGUUGCUACUCCAGGUAGAUUAAAAGAUUUAUUAGAAAGAGGUAAAGUUUCUUUAGCUAAUAUUAAAUAUUUAGUUUUAGAUGAAGCUGAUAGAAUGUUAGAUAUGGGUUUCGAACCUCAAAUUAGACAUAUCGUUGAACAAUGUGAUAUGCCAGGUGUUCAAGAUAGACAAACUUUAAUGUUUUCUGCUACUUUCCCAAGAGAAAUUCAAAUGUUAGCUAAAGAUUUCUUGAAAGAAUAUAUUUUCUUAUCAGUUGGUAGAGUUGGUUCAACCUCAGAAAACAUUACUCAAAAAGUUUUAUAUGUUGAAGAUGAAGAAAAGAAAUCUGUUUUAUUAGAUUUAUUAAGUGCUAAUGAUAAUGGAUUAACUAUUAUUUUCACUGAAACUAAAAGAAUGGCUGAUAAUUUAGCUGAUUUCUUAUAUGAUCAAGGAUUCCCAGCCACUGCUAUUCAUGGUGAUAGAUCACAAUAUGAAAGAGAAAAAGCUUUAGCUGCUUUCAAAAAUGGUAAAGCUCCAAUUUUAGUUGCUACUGCCGUUGCUGCUAGAGGUUUAGAUAUUCCAAAUGUUUCACAUGUUGUUAAUUUCGAUUUACCAAGUGAUAUUGAUGAUUAUGUUCAUAGAAUUGGUAGAACUGGUAGAGCUGGUAAUGUUGGUAUUGCUACUGCUUUCUUUAACAGAAAUAAUAAAAAUAUUGUUAAAGGAUUAACUGAAUUAUUAACUGAAGCUAAUCAAGAAGUUCCAGAUUUCUUAACUAAAAUUGCUAGAGAAUCUGCUUUUGGUGGAAAAUCUGGUAGAGGUGGUAUGGGAUCAAGAGGUGGUAGAUCAGGACCAACUAGAGAUUUUAGAAGAGGUGGAAAUUCUUAUGGUUCAGGAAGUUCAAAUUGGGGUUCAGGAGGUUCAGGAAGUUCCAAUUGGGGUUCAUCACCUGCUCCUUCAAAUGGAGGUUAUAGUAAUUCUCGUUCAAAUGGUAAUUAUGGUAAUUACGGUAACUCUAAUGCAAGUUACGGUAAUUCUCAAUCAGGUAAUUCCUGGUGGUAA